AUGGCGGGGCUGCCUGCGGGCGAGCUGAAGGGCACGGAGUAUGUGGAGCCGCUCAAAGUGAUCGGCCAGGUGCUGGGCAAGCAGUGGAGAUGCGGAGAUGGAGGUGAGCAGGCGGCUCAGGGGCGCCGCAAGCGGGCUGCGGCGGUGGAGAUCUUCGUUAUCAACGAUGACAUCACUGUGGAGAAGCCGAUUGAGGACUACUACGGGGAGCUGGACAAGCGGCUGCAGGGGCUGAAGAGCCAGCUGGGGUCGGACGCCGACUGGAUGCCCAGCACGUACGAGAAGUACAUGACGGGGCAGCACCAGGUGGCGGGCAGCCUGCAGCGCAACGUGCGGGAGUAUUACAAUGAUUUCAAGCUGCUGCGCGCAGACACGCAGGUGUACUACCCCGUGCCCAAUGAGGUGUACCGCGACGAGUGGGACGAUGUGCAGGUCACAGACCCCAUGGAGUUCACGCACUGCCGCUACACGCCAGUGGUCACAGAGGAUGCACGCGACUUUGGCGUGGACGGCUACACGCUGCGCUUGCAGCGCAUGGACCGCAAGAUCAAGCUCUUCAUCUGCGUCACCCUCUACAACGAGGACUAUGAUGAGCUGCGCAAGACGCUUGUGGGCAUCUGCGACAACCUGGAGGUGAUGUACGACCAGUUUGUGGCCAAGGACGGGCGGCGCGGCGUGGACUGGACCGAGGUGGCGGUGUGCAUCGUGCAGGACGGCAUCGGCAACGCCAACGAGAGUGUACUGGCCGCCUCCACCGUGCACGGCUUCUUCUCGCCCGUGGUGCUGCAGAACUCGGUGCUGGGCGCGCCCACCACGCUGCACCUGUUUGAGUACACGGCACGGUUCAAGAAGUAUGCGGGCCUGGACAACUACCCGCCGCUGCAGAUCAUGUUUGCCACCAAGGGCAAGAACAAGGGCAAGCUGGACAGCCACUGCUGGUACUUUGACGCCUUCUGCUAUCUGCUCCAGCCCGAGUACUGCGUGCUGUUUGACGCGGGCACCAAGCCGCUGCCGGCCGCGCUCAAGUCGGUGGCCACCCACUUCCAGCGGUACCCCACAGUGGGCGCGCUGACUGGGGAGCUGACGGUGCAGCGCCCCUACCGCACCUUCCUGACCGCGGUGCAGUUCUGCGAGUGGAAGGUGUCCCAUCUGAUGCAGAAGCCCAUUGAGUCCAUCUGCGGCUUCCUCACCGUGCUGCCUGGCGCCUUCUGCGCCUUCCGCUGGGCCGCUGUGGAGGGCGAGCCGCUCCGCAAGUACUUCUAUGGCCUCUACAGCCAGGCGGAGCUGAACGCGUUUGAGGCCAACAUGUUCCUGGCUGAGGAUCGCAUUCUGUGCAUUGAAGUGGUGGCCAAGAAGGGUGCCAACUACCGGCUGGAGUACAUCAAGGAGGCGGUGGCGGAGGCUGAUGCAGUGACCAAGCUGACAGGCCUGAUGAAGCAGCGCAGGCGCUGGCUCAACGGCACCUUCUUUGCCAUGCUGUACGCGCUGGGCAACAUGGGACGUAUCUGGACGGAGAGCUCGCACAGCGUGUUGCGCAAGAUGGUGCUGACGGCCGAGUUCUUCUACCUGCUGGUCAACCUCAUCAUUGGAACCUGGUUUGGCAUCGGUAUUUUCUACGUGCUGCUUGUCAUGCUGUUAAAGGUGGCAUUUGAUGGCGCCACCUGGCUAGAGCAGCUGGGUAGAUUGGUGGGCCUGCUAUAUCUGUUCCUAAUCAUCGUACAGCUGAUCAUCAACAUGAAGAACAAGCCUGAGGCGGUAGAAAAAGUGCACUCCUUCUGUGCUAUCUAUUUCUGCCUCUACAUGCUUGUCUUCACCGGCGUGACCAUCAGCUUCCUCAUCACCAACACCGACUACUCCUUUAUCGGCAUCUCCACCCAGCAGCUGGGCCUGUUGGUGGUCAUCCUGCUGUCUGCCAUCGGCGGCAUCCUACUGACCGCGCUGCUGCACGGCGAGCUGCUGUCCGUGCUGGGUGCUGGCUUCCAGUACUGGAUCAUGCAGCCAGUGUUCUUCAACAUGCUCCAGAUAUACGCCUUCUGCAAUGCCGACGACAUUUCCUGGGGCACCAAGAACCUGGACACCAAGCACGCCGACCACGACGCCAAGAAGAUGGCCUCCAAGGCGCUGGCCUACCAGGUGCGGCCCAGCAGGACGUCCAAGGCCUUCUGGGAGGCGAUGGGCAAGGUGCAGAGCCACCUGACCGACGCCAAGAAGGUUGCGGCAUACAACCAGAAGAAGGAGCAGAAGAUGCGGGCUUUCUCCUCCUACCUGCUCAUCGCCUGGGUCUCCACCAACGUCUUCUUCGUGGCAGCAGCCACCACGUUUGCCAACUCCACAUGGGAGACAUGCGCGCUGACGGAGAGCGAGCAGGCGGUGAAUGCGGUCAAGAGCCAGGCGCAGGAGGGCGACAAGGCGCUGAUCUUUGCCGACCUGAUGCAGACGGCGGUGACCAUCCUGCAGCGCGGCGAGGCGCUCUACCCCUUCCACGGCCUGCAGGGCUUCCCCGACAACUACCCCAUGCUGGUCACCGGCGACGCGCAGUCCAACUGCGUGCGCGGCUCCGCCUGCACCGUGCUGGCCAACGCCACCGAGCUCUUCACCAACAUCGACUCCUCCAUGCCCAAGUUCAGCGACUGGCUGCAGCAGUCCAUGGGCAUCAACUCCACCGCCACGCUGGAGGAGUACAGCCGCAUCUGGCUGCCCAUGCCCUCCAACACCACCAACGGCUACGACGCCCACGUGGUGUGCACCAUGCACUACGGCUACACCUACUUCCUGCAGAUCAUGUUCAUCCUGCUGUGCUUCAUCGUCAUGUUCCAGGUGGGCGGCUCUGUGCUGUUCAUCUUUGCCUACUGGAUCCGGCGCUGGACGGGCCGCGACAAGCGCGCCGACAAGCGCGCCGCGCUGGCGCACGCGGCCAGCAUCAACGCUGCGGCGGGUGGUGCCAUGGGCGGCGCCGCCAUGGGCUCUGUCAAGUCCUUCUACAGCAGCGACCCCACAGGCAGCGAGGUGGAGAUUGCCAUCCAGCCCGGCAGCGCGCGCUACGCGGGCGGGCAGAUGCACGUGCCGCAGUCUGAGCAACUGACGGACGAGAGUUACUCGCCACGCAGCGACGCCAGUCCGUCCCCUGUGCGGCGGCGGCGGCCAGAGUCGCCGUUUGGCAAGUGA